UUGAUCUUGAGGAUGUGCUGUCCCUACAGCUCAUCUCAGUUACAACUAGGCUUUAAUGCUUUGUUUUCAAUCUUGUGGAGGAAGAGAAUAUGAACCCACAACACUGAAAGUGACAUUUCAAAAGAGAAAGUUUCCAUUUUUACAGUUUUUGAAGCCUCACAGUGGUUGAGGGAGUAAGCCCCACAGCUCAUAGCAUUCAUUAUUAGCAUAAUUUUACCAUCUGGGUUUUCUUUUUGCUUGCUACUUUUGGUCUCUCUGCAUAAUCUCACUCCAGGUUGGAGUUCAGGGUUUUGGGUUUUGAUUUUUGGGUUCCUGUUUGGAAUCUGUGAAAAUGGGUUUGCUUUCUGGGAUGUUUAUGGGGAUACUGUUCGGCAUAGCAUUGAUGGCAGCAUGGGAGCGGAUGAUGAGGUACCGAAGCGCCAAGAGAAUUGCAAAGGCAGCUGACAUUAAACUCCUUGGAUCCCUGAACAGAGACGAUUUAAAGAAAAUUUGUGGUGAUAAUCUUCCUGAGUGGAUAUCUUUUCCUGUAUAUGAGCAGGUGAAAUGGUUAAACAAGAUGCUGAGCAAACUUUGGCCAUUUGUGGCAGAAGCAGCAACACUGGUGAUCAGGGAAUCUGUUGAACCACUGCUAGAAGAGUACAGACCUCCUGGAAUUACUUCAUUGAAGUUCAGCAAGCUGUCACUUGGAAAUGUGGCUCCAAAAAUUGAAGGUAUUCGUGUGCAGAGUCUUACCAAAGGUCAAAUCAUAAUGGACAUUGAUUUCCGUUGGGGUGGUGAUCCCAGUAUUAUUUUGGCUGUUGAAGCCGCCAUGGUUGCGUCGAUCCCUAUUCAGCUGAAAGAUCUAAAGGUUUUCACCAUUAUCCGUGUUAUAUUCCAACUUGCUGAAGAGAUCCCUUGCAUUUCUGCGGUUGUUGUUGCUCUACUUGCUGAGCCAAAGCCCAGGAUUGAUUAUACUCUGAAAGCUGUUGGUGGAAGUUUGACGGCAAUUCCUGGAAUUUCAGAUAUGAUUGAUGAUACUGUGAAUACAAUUGUGACUGAUAUGCUCCAAUGGCCUCAUAGGAUUGUCGUUCCACUUGGUGGUAUACCUGUUGAUACCAGUGAACUGGAGCUUAAACCCCAGGGAAGCCUUAAAGUGGUUGUAGUGAAAGCAAAUGAUUUGAAGAAUAUGGAAAUGAUUGGAAAAUCAGAUCCUUAUGUAGUUUUGUAUAUUCGACCCUUGUUUAAGGUUAAGACCAAGGUUAUCGACAACAACUUGAAUCCUACUUGGGAUCAGACAUUUGAAUUGAUUGCAGAAGACAAGGAGACUCAGUCACUCACUCUUGAGGUUUUUGAUGAAGACAUUGGGCAGGAUAAGCGAUUAGGGAUAGUACAAUUACCCCUUAUUGGCCUGGAAGCAGAAACUGAAAAGGACAUUGAGUUGAGGCUUCUGUCAUCUCUUGAUAGACUGAAGGUGAAAGAUAAGAAGGACCGAGGAACUUUGACAAUAAAGGUCUUUUAUCAUCAGUUUAACAAGGAAGAGCAGUUGGCUGCACUUGAAGCAGAAAAACUGAUAUUAGAAGAAAGGAAGAAACUCAAAGCAGCUGGAGUCAUAGGAAGCACGAUGGACGCGGUAGGGUCCGGUGUUGGACUGGUUGGUACCGGUGUGCUUGCUGGCGCUGGGCUCGUGGGGACCGGCAUCGGUGCUGGAGCCGGGCUGGUGGGGAGCGGCAUUGGCGCGGGAGCCGGGUUUGUUGGGAGCGGUCUCGGAGCCUUUGGUAGCGGACUGAGCAAGGCGGGGAAGUUCAUGGGAAGGACAAUCACGGGAAGUCAUAGUGCCUCCAGGAGGAGUGGUUCUUCUACUCCAGUCCAUAAUGCACAGGAGAAUGGUGGUGGUGCAAAGCCUCUCUAAUUCCUUCAAGAUUUGAUAAUGAACAGAUUGCUAUGUUGUUUUUUGGUUUUUCACCAUAUUUUCUCCAGAGCUGUUAAUCAACUAGAAAUGUGAAUUUAGUUCAGUUGUAUCAUCUUUAUCUGUAAGUAUGUUUGACCUGAUUUGUUUGUGUAUUCAAAUUGUAAAAAUUCCUUCUUUACUGAACAUCAAUGUGAUUCAAAACAUAAAGGAAGUGUUCCUCAGAUGAGAGGAGAUUACUAUUGGAACAAAA